AAAAAAGUCACAAUUAAAAAGAUGCCUAAGAGAGUUAGAAAGGAAAACCCAAACAAGGAGAAGUCUAUGGCUCCAUUGGCUAAGUCUGUCACCAGAUUGAGCCCAAAUUCUUUGUUCUGGAAGAAGGGUACUUUCUCUUACAUUAAGAGUGAUGCUAAGAGAACCAAGAAGGUUGUCAAGCAACAAAAGAUCAAGGUUGUUAGAAACAAGGCUACUGUUGAAGUUGCUGAUGACAGAAUUGCUGCUGAUUUCUCCCUCACUACCAUCAGAUCCAAGAGUGCUAAGCCACAAAAGGCCACCAAGCUCAGAUCCACAAUUACACCAGGUACUGUUUUGAUUUUGUUGGCUGGUAAAUUCGCUGGUAAGAGAGUUGUCUUCUUGAAGCAAUUGCCAUCAGGUCUCCUCUUGGUCACUGGUCCAUUCCAAUUAAACGGUGUCCCAUUGAGAAGAGUUAACCAAAGAUACGUUAUCGCUACCUCCACCAAGGUUGACGUUUCUGCUGUUACCGUCCCAGCUACCGUUACUGAUGCUACUUUCACAAAGGAACAUAAGACCAGAUUGGAUGAAACUGGUAAGAAGAGUUGGUUCAGAGCCGGAAAGAAGGGUGCUAUCUCUGAAGAAAAUAAGAAGACUUUCGAUGCUGUCGACCAACAAGUUGUUGCUGCCGUCGGUAAGGUCGAAUUGUUGAAGGAAUACCUCCAAACUCCUUUCAGACUCCAAAACGGUGAUAAGCCACACGAAAUGAAGUUCUAA